AUGGCUGCUCAUAGUGGAGGUGUUGAAUGGACUUCAAUUGUGAAAUCCAUUUUAUCUGCUAGUUUCGGUUGUUUUACGAAAUCUGAUUUAAUAGAACUUUGUAAAGCUAUUAUAAAAAGCGAAAAUGAAUUAUUAGAUCACGACCCGGCGUAUGAAACUUUUUAUUUAGCUUUUGCUUCAUUAGCAGCAGACUACAUUAGUUCAAAAUGUAUUUUGGUGGCAAAAAAUCAAAUACCUUUGGUGACACAAGCUUCAUCCAUUUUGGCAAAUUAUGUAUUACAACAGUUGAGACAGUAUACAACUCGAGGAGAAACUGUUCUUACAUUAAAGCAAAUGCUUUCUCCGCUGGUAUCUCUAUGUGCUGGCAAUUCUUCUAUAACAUCUUCCGAACUUGUAGUUCUCACUGCAAUUAUGAAAAAUGCUCAAAUACCUGAACAUAUUAAAUUCACCAUAAGCACUGAAUAUGAGAAAGAUACAUCUAAACAGGAUGCUACAAAGCGUUCCAGAACUGAUUUAGCUUCAUCUAUAAUAGAGCAGUUGGGCAUGCCUCUUAAUUCAUUAUUACAUUCAGAGUCUUCAACUGCAAAUGUCCCAAGCGGUCAAAUAUCACAAAGUACUGCUGAUGUAGCAGAUAAAGAAAAUAGUGAUGAAGCUGAUCAUCAUAAUGAAAUAAGGACGAUUUUUUCACAAGCGAAUAUCAAUAUUAUGCAAACUUUGGGGGCUGGUGAUGUGUUAUUAGGUUUAGCUCUCUCGAUUCCAACAGUUGCUCGUUACAAAAUUAAAUAUACUGAGGCCAUUACAAAUAAUAAAGGUUUGAGCAUGCCCAGUACUCAUUCAGAUGCUCUUGCCUUAAAAUCAAGUUUAUCUGCAAUAUCAUCUGAUAUUAUUCUGGUAAAUAUGGCAUUGGCUUUACCUGUUCUGGAACCUUUUACUCCAGCAAAAAUUUCUCAACUUAGCCUGAUCACAUUAUCAUGUCUAUAUUGUGCAGUUUCAACUACAAUUGCUUAUAGCAUUAUUAAUAUGAGUGGUAGUACUCUGCCCAAAACACAGACUACAAAUGGUCCAGUAACACCAACAAAAGAAGAUGAGCUAGAUAUGCUAGCCGUGAAUGUUAUGGAGAAAUCACUAGAAUUGUAUAAAAAUGUAGGAAAUGUAUUGAAAAAUUCUACUAAGGGUGGAGGCCAUAUAUAUCAAAACCAUUUAUUUCUGGGUGCUUGGAUUAGUGUAGGUGGACUACAGAACGCGUUAGGUGCCAGUACUAGUAUAUUACUUAAGGAUGAUAAAGGAAAAAGUCCUAGUAAAAAUAGAGAUUUACCUAGAGUCAAUCUUGUUAAAGUCCAACAAGGCUUUGGGAUACUAACUGCAGCAUUGGCUAAGCAAACUUUGCCGCUAUUAGCAGGACUGCUGCAAGACUUGCAACUUGAAUCAGGACUUACUGAUAGCUGUACAGAAAUUACACCAGUACCUGCAGGCUUGGAUGUAUUAGGAAACUAUUCAGCUCUCCAAAGAGUUAUGAGAAUUUUGCAAAGCGCUCCUAUUUUGCAAUUAUUCACAUAUAUCGCCACUGUGUCAUACCGUAAAGCAUGUGCUCUUAAAAGAGCUUCAAAACAUCCAUUAAUGGGAGAUGCAUUGAGUCAAAGUGAUUCUACAACGUAUUAUCAAGAUCUCUCAUUUUCAGAAGAUAGUGAUACAGAAGAAGAAAAAAACAUUUUCAUAAACAUUGAACUUGAAGAUGACAGUGAGUCUUACCUGGGACUUUGGUUCAAAGAAACAUUAGCUCCUGAAACAAUAGAACCAGAGCCACCGGAAGUACCUCCAGAAACUGUGACAACAACUAGUAACAAAGGAAAUAAUUUUGUGUCUGAUAGAGAAGAACCCCAUGAGUACUUAGAACUGGCUACUGCUAUUUUUAAAUUCUUGGACUCCCAUUUAUCACUAUGUACAAUUCAUAGUGCUUGUCAAGAUGGUUAUUUGGCUCAUUAUAUUCAAACUGGAUUAACAGAGCAGCAAAUGUGUUUAUUAGCUGCUAUAUUAAGAGAUUUAGAUAGAGAUGCUGCUAAAAAUUUAGAUGCAAUGAUGGGUUAUUGUGCUGUUUGGCAAUCUGCCUGUAUUAGUUUUUCCCAGUCUGUUGGUUGUUAUGUUCAUAAUAUGAUUGCCAGCGGUUCCAUUAAUGAAGUACUUCAAAUAGCUUUUUUGACAAAUUUAGGGGUAAACCCUUGGUUACAAAGUAGUCCUUGGCCACUACAGGUAUAUUCACAUACUUUAGCUGUUUUGGCCCAAGUUAUAUUAUUGAAACCUCAGCAAGAAAAGGAAUCUGCGUGUAUUCAACUUUGGUCGAGAUUAAUCAACACACUUGUGGAUAGCAUCUGCAAUUCGGGUGACAACUCGGAGGAUGGAGAUGAUAUGAAUAUAGAACAUGCACAACUUUUGCUGUUUCUAUUUCAUUCAUUGAACCUCAUGCAAAAAAAAUCUUUACUGUUACAAACUGCUGGAGGGUUAAUAAAAUGUUCUGAAGUUUGUGUUGGUUUGGAAAAUAACACAAUGAUGAAUCAAAAAAUUUUAAAGGAUAAUCAAAUUUUGUUAUUAUCAAGAUUUCUUCUUCUAUUAGAAUAUUUGAUGAAGCACUUGUAUGAUGCUCCAAAGCAAUUACUGGAACAGGUACAUUGUAAUUUAUUUCAAAUGGAUAGAAAAUCUUCAAAGAAAUCUUCAAAUAUUAGAUUUUCUCCCUGUGAUGAAAUUGAAGACAAUUAUAGAAAACUUGGUGGAAUAGAUGAUUUGGGCGUUAGACCCAAAUUUUAUAUACUGAGUAAUGUUGAAUAUAGUAAUCAAGACACUCCAAAACUUGAUGGUUUAGCAUGCAGCUUCAUUCUGGGCAGUCCUGACAAACUACGAUAUGCUGAUUUAAUCGAUUCACUUAUCAAAAUACUGAAUGUUAUUAAUAUGUGUUUUGAGAAAAUGGGAUAUCAAACACUUGGACCUAUUCAGUACUGCUUCUUCCUUUGUUGGAGGUUAUUAGUGAUUUUGCCACCUUCGAUAGACCAUAUGAAUUCUCAAUGUACUGAAAAUUUAGUAACAGGCUCAAUGGCAUUACAUUCACUUCUGUGGAUUCCACGUGCUGCUAAUACAAAGGCAUUUAGCAGAUGGAUGACUGAUUCACUUGUUAAGCAGGGAAUGUAUACACAAAAUGCUGAAACUUUAUUGAGAAGUGUAACAGAGAAAGUUCAUAACCCAAAGUUUGAUAUUAAUUUAACCAUACAUUGUAUUAAGAAAUUUAAUGCUGAUUUUAAAAAUGGAGAUAUACCAAGAUUGUUUGAUAUUGUGUUACUAGAUGCUUUAUUGUCCAAGUUGUUGUUAAUAUUUAGGGAAAUUGUUAAUGUGGAAACUAAAAACAGUCACUCAGAAAAGAUAACUGAUUUAUCUUCACCAGAAACUAUAAAAGCAACACAGAACUUAAUGACAGAAUUCAUGCCACAUCUUCUAGAAUUUGUGAAGACCUGCAUUUGGAGCAUUAACAAUAUUAUUACUGAAGAUGUUUCUGAAUCAGAGCAUUUUAAAUCAGCUGUGAUGCCCCAUUUGCUGCCUCUGUCAUCUCAAAAGCACAAUUUGACCACUGAUUUGAGUGUUGCGCUUUGGUCUUUAUUACCAGCACAGUUAAAAGCUGUCAUUACAAAGCCAAGAAAUUCAGAUAUAUCAGAUUUAUCACCAGGACUUUUUGAUAAUGACAUUAUUCCUUCGGAAAGCUUUGUAUUAUCGGUUAUUAAUGGACAUGUGAAUAAUUUAUCUGGACAAUCUGCGUAUUCAGUAACAUCAUCUCUUAAAAAAUUGUUUAAGACUGCUGUAGAGUUAUUCAAUGACCAUGUGAAUGCUGUUCUUGAUAGUUCCAUAAAAAAUUCAGCAGUAGAUGUAUUUGUUGCCCUUUUAUUAGAUGCCAGAGCUGAAUAUAUUUUUAGCACCACAAAAAAUAUUGUUGACAAACUAAUUGGUGACGAAAAUACUGAAUUGCAUCAAUUAAAAGUAUAUAUGCAAGUACUUAAUCAUAGUUAUAGAUUAAUAACUGAAUACUCUUUUGUAAAUAUGGGAAACGAACUAAUGGAAUUGGAUGAGAAAGUCCUUCACAGUAUUUUUAAAUUUUGGGAAAAAAUGUUGGAUAAACAAAUGGGCCAAAAUGCACUAUAUCAAUUUUUCUGGAUUGCGAAUGAGGGAAGUCUUGUUCAAGUGUUAUUAUCUAUUGGAACAUUUUCAAGAACUCAGGGAUAUUCUACAAAAGUACUACAUUUUUUCAAUAAAUUAUUUCAAGUUUCUGAAAAGUCAGAAAAAGAUUCAAAUUUGGAACAGUUGUGUAGCAGUAUUGAUGAUUUGGUUUCUGUAGAUGAAGAUCAUUUGCAAGGGUGGCUGAGUCAGAUUUUACUUGGUACCCGUGAACAUCAAAGAUCCGCAAGUGUUAGUUCCAGUAACGUUCCCACACCAACAAAUGCUACAAAUAAUACUCCUCCGUCCAAUGAGAAAGAAUCUACUCCUAAGCCAGAUAAUACAAGCACAUCUGAUGCUCAAGCCACUGGACAUAUUACAACAGCUGCUGAGCAGCAAAAUAAUACUUCAACUGGUUCAAGUAUUGAUGCUGCCAAUGCUGAAGUAACUACAACUGCUGAUAAUUUGUGGGUUGUUGCUUCUGAACGAUCUCCAUUGCUUGAUGAUGGACAUGUCAGAAGAAAAAUAAAAGAGGAUAAAAGUAUCCUAGAGGAAAACGGACAGUUACUCCAAACACUCACUAAUUAUAUUGUUACUGGAAAUAAAAUUGUACCAGCUGUUUCACAAACUAUUCUUCAAUCAUUGAUUCCCCUUGGCUCACAAAUAUUAUGUCCAUUACAAGAUUGUUUAGCUUUUCCUGAUUUGAUGAAUAUUAUGACAACACUAGCAGAUGCCAAUCAAGGAAAAGGACAUGCACUUUUAUUUGCUGCAGUUACUGAAUGGCUUGAGAUAUGUCAUCAGUACUUAACACAAAAGGAAGUAAUAGAAAAAUUGGAAAGUGGGGUUUGUGGUAAGCACGAGUCUGUAUUGGAAUCAGCAACUUGUUUAUUAAGAUACCUGACUGAUCUUUUACAUGGACUUGGUUCAUUAAAUGCAAGAAGUACAAAUCCACCUUGGGAUGUUGACCUUCCUCCUGAAACAGAAGAGUGGCCUGAUGACUUACAAGAAGAUGAAGAAAGUGCAGCUGAUGAUUCUGAUGAAGAUUCUUUAUGCAAUAAACUAUGCACCUUUACAACCACACAAAAAGAAUUUAUGAACCAGCAUUGGUAUCAUUGCCACACUUGUAAAAUGUUGGAUGGAGUAGGCGUAUGUACAGUUUGUGCUCGAGUUUGUCAUCGCGGUCAUGAUAUUAGUUAUGCUAAGUAUGGUAACUUCUUCUGUGAUUGUGGGGCAAAAGAGGAUGGAAGUUGUCAAGCUUUAACAAAGCGUGGUGCACAAUCUAGUGACUCAUCACAGUGCCAAACUGGUGCAUCAAGCAGUAACGAUUUAGUUCAACCUACUUCUAUUAGGAGAAGAUUAUCGAGUCCUUUAAUCCCUCAAAAAAUAUAUGAGGUUGAAAAGCAUCCCACUCUUGCAAAACAAAUCGAUUCAAGUCGCGAAAGUCUCAAACAGUCAUCACAAUGGAAACAAGUAACAGAACUUUUAUUGAAUAUGACAGAGGCACUUAUUCCUGCUUUAAAUUUGAGUUGUGCAAGAAAUUCCGUUGUAGGUUGUCACAAAAGGGCACAAGCUGCAUUGGCACAACUACAUCUACCUAAUAAGAAAUUUAUUACCAGUGAAAAACUAAUGGUCCCCACAUUAGGCUCUCAAGAAGGUGCAUUUGAAAACGUUCGAAUGAGUUUUUCUGGUGAACAAGGAGCAACAAUUAGACAACUACUAUCUGCACACAUGAUAAGACGUGUUGCUAUGUGCUGUUUAAGUUCACCUCAUGGUAAAAGGCAACAUUUAGCUGUUUCUCAUGAAAAGGGUAAAAUCACUGUGCUUCAGUUAUCUGCAUUGCUUAAACAAGCUGAUACUUCCAAGAGGAAACUUACUUUGACCAGAUUGUCAUCUGCGCCAAUACCAUUUACAGUAUUAUCAUUGACAUCAAAUCCAUGCAAUGAAGACUUUUUGGCAGUCUGUGGACUUAAAGAAUGCCAUGUGCUAACAUUCAGUACAAGUGGAUCAGUUAGUGAACAUCUAGUUUUGCAUCCUCAAUUAGAAACUGGAAAUUUCAUUAUCAGAGCUAUCUGGUUACCAGGCUCACAAACUAUUUUAGCUCUGAUUACUGCUGAUUUUGUAAAAUUAUGAUCUCAGCAAAGAUGCCCUUAGCCCCAGUAUUACUUUUUAGUUCCAACAGGAAAAGUAAGGGACUGCACCUUUGUUACCAGGUUAGAUGGAGUAUUUUAUAUGUUAUUAAUGGCUUCUGUUGGUUAUAUUUACACCCAACCCAUGGUAGAAGAAUCUCAUGCCAAACACGGUCCAUUUUAUGUGACAAAUACUUUAGAAAUCUCACAUCCUGAUAUUACCGAUAUUAAAGGUCAAAUUGGAGGAGGAGGAGUGUCAAUAUAUUAUUCACACACUUUACAAAUGCUAUUUUUUAGCUAUUCACAGGGGAAGAGCUUUAUGGCGCCAAUGUAUAAUGUGGAUAGUGGUUUGUGCAGUAUUAUACCAAUUGUUCUAUCGACUAGUAUCACAAAAGGCGGUUCUAAAUCAGCUAGCACUACACCUCAGCCUCUAUGCCAAUGGAUGGAAGUUUCAUCACAUCCUGGACUUAUAUGCGCUUCAUUGCAGAGUAGUAACAAUCCAGUUGUUUUUAUGCUAAAUCCUGAUACUGUUUUGGUACAAGAAGUGAAAGUGAUUCCAGCAAAAGCCAAAAUUAUGGAUAUGGUAGCCAUCCGUCAUUCUGCUCCUAGUGUUGAUAAUAAAACAACACUAAUUUUACUUUGUGAAGAUGGCAGUUUACGUAUUUAUGCUGCUUCUAAUAAACACACUGGUUAUUGGUUAUCACCUACGGUCCAACCACCACUAGCUGUAAUUAAAUCGACUAAACGAUUGUCAAAAAAGAUGGGACUUAAGAAUGGGGUCAAUAAUAAUAAAUCAGCAGGUGCACAACAAUUUCCCAUCGAUUUCUUUGAAUUUUGCAUGGCCAUGAGUGAUGUUGAAUUUGGUGGUAAUGAUUUGCUGCAGAUCUAUAAUCCAGUUCAACUAAAACAUAGGUUAAAUUCAACUGGCAUGUAUGUAGCUUCGACAAAAGCAACUGGAUUUACAUUAGAAGUUACAAAUUCAGAUAAUAACAUGGUUAUGUGUGGUGUCAGAGUUCAAAUGGGUAAUCAGGAUGUCGUCCGCACACCAGCAUAUGUAGAAAUAUUAGGUAGAUGUAUACAAACAACUUGUAUUCGCACACGAUGGUUUGAUAUUCCCUUAACACGUGAAGAAAGCUUACAGUCUGAUAAAAAGUUGAAUAUUUUAUUUGGUCCAUCUCAAGAUCCAGAUGGUGUGAUCAUGGUUGAUAAUGUUAAAAUUUAUGGCAAAACUAAAGAUACUUUUGGAUGGCCGGAAGAACCUGAUGAUGCUGGAGCUAACUCUACAGUUGCAUCAUCAAACAAUAAUCAAAAUAGUCAAAAUUCAUUGGAUUCAGAUUCAAAUCAGAAAAAUGUUUUAAUUACUCCAUUAGAUAAAUUGAUAUCUGGUUUACUGGAAGUUAUAGAAGGUAGCUUUUUGGUAUGCCAAUUUCAACCUAAUGAUCCACUACGAAGUUUAGCAUUUGGAACCACAUCCAAGUUAAUAACUAUGCCUACUAUAUUGCAAAUUCAAAUGAAUACUCAAGCUGUGAUGGCUGCACUUCAUGGAACUAAAUCUAGCUUUCAUGCUUAUAAAGAUCAAGUUCUUCUUAAUCAUGUUUCUGAACAGCUGAAUUCUAUGAGUAAUAAUCAAGAUUGCAAAGAUUUAGAUCCCGAAGGAUUUUAUAGAUUGCUUCUGAUAAUUCGCAAUAUGGCUGUAUCCAGACCUGCUAAUUUAACGAAAUUUGCAGCUGCCUUGGGUGAAAGUAAACAUAUUAUGGAUCAGUUUAUGGAUGUUUUAUGGUCAUUACAUGAGGUUUCUCCUGUAAACAAAUUCAUUAGUUGUGCAGUAAGUUCUGGAUUACCACAUACUGAAUCUGUGGUUUUCUGCAUGGUGGAAAUAAUUCAUGCAUUUAUGCUAAAUGAAUCAUCUUUGGUUGCUCUUGGCUGUCGUUUGUACAUGUCCAUGUUAUCAAGUAAGGAUACCCAGAUUAGUUUUACAAGCAAACAUGCAAUUAUUCAGAUGCUCAGGCCAAGACCUCGUAUAUUGUGUUCUGAACAGCAAGGUGCAUCUGCUUCCAGCAGUGAAGUUGCUUUGACAGUCACUUCUUGUGCAAGCAGUAGUGGUAACAAAGCUAGUAGCAGUAGAGGAUCAAAUAGAAGCAAAGUUAAAACUUCCGGUGUAGUUGAACAGCCAGCAAGUCAAAGUUCAGUUAGACCCUCUCGUGUGAAUCCUGUUGCUUCUUCAGUUCCUCAACAACAAAGACAAUUGGAGCCGGACAUACAGGAUAUUGAUACAGCUCCAAGUCACCCAAGUUUAGCAUCUUUAGAAGCGUUUUUGGCUGCCCCAGGUGGUUUCCCGCCACUGAUGGAUUUACCACCAGAUGCAGAUGAUGAAGCCAUGGUUGAGUUAGCAAUUGCUUUAAGUUUGCAAGAUCAUGAAGGUGGACUACAUGCUUUACAACAAGGACUGGCCAAUCUUCAGAACCUGGGCGCUAAUCUACAUAAUAUACAACAAGUGCUAUCUGCUGCAAAUAUUGCGGCUGCUGGUCAUGGUGGUCAUUACAGUGAUACAACUGCUUCUGCAGGAGGCUCGGACGAUGAAGGUUCCACUGCAGCAACAGAUGGCUCUACUUUAAGAACAUCAAUUGCAGAUCAGGGUGGAAGUAAUGGAUCAGAAUCAGGAGGGUCGGGUGCCGAAAGUACUGGCGGUGUUUCUGGACGGAGUAGCUCUUAUGGAGAUACCUUAAUUGGUCCACCAGUUGUAACUAAUGCAUUAUCAGGAAUCAGCAGUACUUCACCGCCCAGGCAAGCCGAUUCAACACCAGCUACAUCUAGUGCAAGCAAUAUACCACCGGUACAGCAACAAUCAUCAUUGACUUCCAUUGAACCUGAAUCCUCUGAUGCAGAGUUGGGGGAAGCUAGUGGAGAACAACUUGCGAUCGAAAUGCCUUUGUCUGCCAAGCACCAAUUGGACUUGGAAAAUGAAGCAUUAGAUAAGGAAACUAAUUUGAAAAUGCAUCAACUUAGAGUUCAAGUCUUAAGUAAUAUGGUUGAUAAUAUGGGUCAAUUAAAAUCAGUUUCUGGAGUUCAAUCUAUUCCAUUUAUGCAGGUAAUAUUGAUGCUAACGACUGAUUUAAAUGGCUCUUCUGAAAAUGAUCGCCAAGUAUUGCAUAAACUUCUAUCAGCUUUAGUACAGGAACUAGGAUUUGCACCAAGGUUUUCGGAAGAUGGAUCAUCGGAAGUAAAUGAAUCUACACAAAAAAGGAUCGUUGAUCUUGAUGAUGUUUAUGUUAGAACACAUUCACGUGAAGUGAAUUUAGUAAUAGUUCGUUUAUUAAGUGUUUUGAUGUCUCGUUCGAAACAACAAUCCAGUAAAUCUCAAGCACACGAGGGAUUAGUAUUUGUAUCUAGGAUGGCAGCUAAUUUACUUCAUAAAAGUGGUGUUGUCGAGUAUUGCCACAAUUUGUUGACGAAGUUAUUAGAGUAUUGGAGUGCACCAACUGUUUUAGAAGAAGCGUCUUCUGGAGGAGUAAGUUGUACACUACUUAAAGAACAUCUACCUAACACAUUACCUGAUAUGCAACCAUUUUUCUUAAGACAAUAUGUGAAAGGUAAUAGUCCAUUUUACAUUCCAGGUCAUUGUACAGAUGUAUUUGAAGAAUAUCCACAGUUGCUGACCGAAAUGGCUGUGAGGUUACCAUAUCAGAUACAAAAACACACGGAAGGUGGACAAUCUCUGGGAAAGCAUUGGUUGGAUACACUUUGUGAAUACAUGAUGAACCCGAAUACAUCAUUCGCUAAAAGACAAGUUCGAAAAAUGUUACUCUUCUUAUGUGGACAUAAAGGAAAAUAUAGGCAACUGCGAGAUGUUCACUCUUUACAUACACAUUUUAAGGCAAUUAGGUCUUUUUGUGAUGAUCCUACCUCCUUGCCAUAUGACUACCUUGUUGAUUUGGUGGAGCAUUUGAAAGCAUGUUUGGAAGUUGCUUCUGUAAGAACUGGAAAUUGGCAGAAAUAUUGCAUAGCUAAUGAUGGUGUAGUACCAUUUCUUAUGCAAGCUAGCUGUCUGCUAGAUGAAGGUGUAUCCUCAAUUAUCUUGCAACUUCUUCAGUCUGCUAUCUGCAACAAUAAUAAAUUGUCAACAUCUGAUACGAACAAAACAGUACCAACAAUUUCUAGUUUAAGCUCCUCUAUAACAACGCCUAUUUCUGCACAAUCUUGUACAACACCUUCUGCCAGAUCAUCAGCCAAAGAUCGCAAAGAGCGCGAUAAAUCUGAAGAAUCUGACAGUACUGAUUCUAAAUUCGAAGAUUCUCAAUGUGCUGUUCUUGUGAAUCAGAUUAAUGCACAAGUCAGUACAGAAGUAUUGCGUAAAUUUAUAAAAACAUUUUUGUUAGAGACAAACUCAACAAAUGUUAGGUGGCAGGCACAUGCACUUUUAUUAUCUAUGUAUAUUAAUUCUAGUCCAUCUCAGAAAGAGGCUUUACUUGAAUUACUUUGGAAUUUGUUACAGUUUCUUCCAGCUUAUGGCAGAAGAACUGCACAAUUUGUAGAUCUCUUAGGCUAUUUUUCAUUAAAGACCAAAGAUAUAGAGAGUAAGAUGAGUACAUACAUGGAACAAGCAGUGCUAGUUCUCCAAGCGCAAAAUCAAUUGCUAUCUCAACAUAGUAAUGCUCAAUUAUAUAGCGGUUUAUCUCAAUAUGUUGAAUUAGAAGGAUAUUACUUAGAAUCUGAACCAUGUCUUGUAUGCAACAAUCCUGAAAUUCCUUUCAGCACUAUUAAAUUGAGCUCUAUAAAAGUUGAUUCCAAGUUUACCACAACAACAACUAUAGUAAAAUUGGUUAACAGUCAUACAAUAAGUAAAAUAACAUUGAGAAUAGCAGAUUUGAAAAGAAACAAAAUGGUUAGAGUUAUAAACAUUUAUUAUAAUGACCGAACUGUCCAAGCUGUUGUGGAAUUAAAAAAUAAACCAGCCCUUUGGCAUAAAGCUAAAAAGGUAACAUUAUCAUCUGGUCAAACUGAUGUAAAAAUAGAUUUUCCCCUUCCCAUAACUGCUUGCAAUUUGAUGAUCGAGUAUGCAGAUUUUUAUGAGACUGUUCAGGGUACAAGUGAAUCUUUGCAAUGCCCUAGAUGUAGUGCAGCUGUUCCUGCUCAUCCAGGUGUAUGUGGAAAUUGUGGGGAAAAUGUUUUCCAAUGCCACAAAUGCCGUGCUAUAAAUUAUGAUGAGAAGGAUCCAUUUUUAUGCCAUGCUUGCGGUUUUUGCAAAUAUGCCAAAUUUGACUAUUCUCUAUUUGCUCGACCUUGUUGUGCUGUAGACACAAUUGAAAAUGAUGAUGAUCGCCGAAAAACUGUUCAAAACAUCAAUAACUUGCUAGAGAAAGCUGACAGAGUGUAUCAACAACUCAUCAAUAAUAAACCAGUAUUAGAGCUUUUAGUAAAGAAAGUAUCUGAGCAUCGUUCUGAUUUUAAUGUUGAUGAUACAAUGGGUGGUUUUGUCGUAAAUUCAACAUCUCAAGUCAAUAAAGUUGUGCAACUUAUAGCCCAAAAAUACUGUGUUGAAAGUAAAAACUUUUUUGAAGAUUUGAGUAAAAUAUUACAAAAAGUAGAAGCUAGCAGAAAAGAGCUAAUAGCAUAUGAUAAAAAGCAGAUGGACUUUGUAGUAGUAAUGAACUCAGACAUGUGUAAAAGUGCAACUACUAAAAAUAGAUGCUAUGGAUGUGCUUUGGCAGCUACAGAACAUUGUUUAACUUUAUUACGUGUGAUGGCAACAUUUGCACCUUGUAGGUGGUAUUUAAUACAUAAACAAGGGGUUCUGCAAGAAUUAGUAAAUCAUAAUUUACGUGGUGGUACACACCAGAUUCAAGAAGAAGUUCGUCAAUUAUUGUGCCUUUUAACAAAAGACUGUACUCAAGAUACUGAAUUACUUUGCACUCUUCUAGUCGAUAGAAUAACUUUAGCAUUGAAAGCUCAAGUUACUUUUUGUGAUUUUUAUCCGGGGGUUCGUCAUGAAAUGGCAUUAUUAGCUGAAUUGGUAGCUCAAGAAGACAACUGCUGGGAAAUGAAAUUGAGAACUGUGAUGAAAUUAUUUAUUUUGGGAUGCAAUGAAACUCGUAGCCCAGCAGUAAUGGAAGCAAUCGUUUUGCCUUGUCUAAGAAUAUUACAGUCUGUGGUGUCACCAGCUCAACCUACUAGUCAACUGAAUAAGAAUAAAACACUGAGCAGCUUGUCCAGCAUCUGCCCACCUGAGGGAAUCACAAUCAACUUAGACAAGUGGUUAAAUAGUGACAACAAUGAAUCAUUCUUAAGCUGGAAGCAGAAAAUGCCUAAAAGAUCACAAGUGGAAACUGCAAGUGAUAAACAAAAUCUUAAUGAAACAUCUGUAACCGAUACCAAAGAUCAAGAUGAUGUUCCAGUUGAUAAAAAUGCUUUAAAAAAGCAAACAAAAGAGAGAUACCUUUUGGAAAAAUAUGCUUAUAGAUGGAGACAUAAGAUUCAAAGAAUGCAUGGAUUAAGAGCACUUAAUUUAGAUGGAACUUGGUUGAAGCAAGUGUUGUUUAGUCCACGCUCUCGUUUGGCAAGGCAGGUUGCCUGUACAAUUGUUCAAUCGUUAAGUCAAACACAUGAGAGACAUAGAGAAAUGUUAUGUCUUCUAACAGGCUAUCUUCAGGAAAUUGGAAGAUCCGGUAAAAGCAGUGAUGAAUUUUUAGCAUUAUACAAGUCAUUAAUGGAUGAGGCACCGUGGAAACAAUUUCUUGCUUUAAAAGGUGUAUUAAUGCAUUUGGCUGAUUUAUUAACAAAAGAAAUACAAGAUAUACACCAUCUUGAGGAAACAACUUUAACUGCAGAUAUUGCACAAGGUUACGCUUUGAAACAAAUCACCGAGUUAUUAUCAUCUUUUCUUGAGGAUACUUCUAUACGACAAGCUUAUAAAGGUAGGCUUGUCGGAGCAGUUUUAGGUGGAUAUCUUUCAUUAAAAAGUUUAGUAGUACAAAGAACCAGGUUGAUUGAUGAUACCCAAGAACAAUUAUUAGAGAUGUUAGAAGAAAUGACCACUGGAACCGAAGCUGAAACAAAAUCCUUUAUGUCUGUGUGCAUGGAAACAGUAAAUAAAUAUCCAUUGAUGGAUGUUCGAACUCCUGUAUUUAUAUUUGAAAGACUUUGCUCAAUUAUUUAUCCAGAAGAAAAUGAUAUUGGGGAAUUUUUCUUAUCUCUUGAGAAGGAUCCUCAACAAGAAGACUUUUUACAGGGUCGCAUGUUGGGUAAUCCAUAUUCCAGUAAUGAACCUGGUCUUGGACCAUUAAUGAGAGAUGUUAAAAAUAAAAUUUGUCAAGAUUGUGAAUUAGUAGCAUUAUUAGAAGAUGACAAUGGUAUGGAAUUACUGGUCAACAACAAAAUCAUGAGUUUGGAUCUUCCAGUGAAAGAAGUUUAUAAAAAGGUGUGGUUGGCUGAACAAUGCGAAGGAGAAUCAAUGAGAGUUGUUUAUAGAAUGAGGGGUCUUCUUGGAGACGCUACUGAAGAAUUUGUUGAAACACUCAGAGCAAAAACUCAACAAUCAGUUGAUAAUGAAGAACUGUAUAAAAUGGCCAAUGUACUUGCAGAUUGUGGAGGAUUACAGAUUAUGCUUGAUAGGCUAAAUGCUAUUCAAAAUGUUUCAAGGUCUAGACCACUUUUGCAAGUGCUACUUAAAUUAUUCAGAUUAUGUGUAAAAGUUAAAAAAUGCCAAGAAGUAUUAUGCAGGCCGGAUCUAAGUUCUGUAUCCGUAUUUUUGAAGGUCCUACAACUAUGUCUGCAAAGUGAAUCAGAUUCACAGUUAGCAUCUGUAACGGAACAAUUACUUGAUAUUAUGGAAACAAUACUUUCUAAAGCCGCAAAUGAAUCACUAGCAUCAUUUUUGCAAUUUUCAUCAACAUUUGGAGGCCCCGAAUAUGUGCAGGCAUUAUUAUCGUGCACUAAUAAUUCAUCUGUAAGAAACAAUCCAUCAGUUCUGAAUCAUCUUACAAGAGUUGUAGCAGCAUUAGUUUAUGGAAAUGAUAUUAAAAUGGCUUUAUUGUGUGAACACUUUAAGAAAUGUUUAGAUUUCAAUCAAUUUGAUUUUGAGCGAACGGCUGAAGAUGAAUUUAGAUUAGAAUUAUUCUGUGUACUUUGUACUGGCAUAGAGAAGAACUGCAUAGGCGGUACUUUGAAAGAUUACAUAAUAUCUUUAGGAAUGGUCAAAAAUGCAUUAGAGUAUAUUACAAUGCACGCUCCUUGUGUUAAACCUACAUUGUUAAGAACAGAUUCAGAUGAAUUGAAAGAAUUUAUUUCUAAGCCUGCUUUGAAAUAUAUUUUAAGAUUUUUAACAGGAUUAGCUACUGAACAUGAAGCUGCACAGAUACUGAUAUCUCAAGAUAUAAUUCCCAUAAUACACAGACUUGAACAAGUGUCUUCAGAUGAGCAUGUUGGAUCGUUAGCAGAAAAUCUUCUUGAAGCCUUGAGAACAGAUCCUGCGACUGCAGCGAGAGUACAACAAGUUCGUGAUUUUACAAGAGCAGAGAAGAAAAGAUUAGCAAUGGCUAUGAGAGAGAAACAACUUGGAGCUAUGGGCAUGAGAACAAAUGAUAAAGGCCAGGUUACGGCUAAAUCUACAAUACUGCAGCAAAUGGAAGAUCUAGGCGAGGAAACUGGUUUAGUUUGUGUAAUUUGUAGAGAAGGGUACAAAUGCCAGCCAACAAAAGUUUUAGGUGUAUAUACCUUCAGCAAAAGAUGUAAUGUUGAAGAAUAUGAUUCUAAGGCAAGAUGGACGAUGGGAUAUACUACUGUCACACAUUUCAAUGUUGUGCAUUUUGAAUGUCAUAUGAGUGCAGUUAGAUUGGCUAGAGCAAGAGAUGAGUGGGAAAGUGCUGGCUUACAAAAUGCUAACACGAGAUGUAAUGGUUUGUUGCCAUUGUGGGGAAUGCAAGUUCCCGAACUAGCAUUUGCCAGCAGUCUUGCCAGACAUGACACAUAUUUGCAGGUAUGCACAGGACAUCGUGAUAUUGGUUACUCUUCAACUAUUCAUGACUUAAAAUUGCUGCUCUUGCGGUUUGCCCAAGAAAAAAGUUUUCACGAAGAUGCUGGUGGAGGUGGUCCACAAUCAAACAUGCAUUUGGUCCCAUAUCUUAUUCACAUGGCUUUAUAUGUUAUAAACACAACACGGACAGCUGGUCGGGAGGAAAAAUCUUUAGUGACUUACCUUGACACAUCAAUGGGUGAAAGAUGCAUAGAGAGUGCUCACGAGGCAGAGGGUCCUUUAUAUUCAGCCACUAUGUCAUUGCAUAUUCAUUCUGGACGACGAUGGAAGCGACAUAGAUUGACCCAUUUACGAAGGCUAAUUAUUUUGGCUCAUGUAAGAAGAGCACAUCACAUAGGACCAGUAAGAAGCAUUGAAGGUCAUAAGGUUCCAUAUGCCUAUGCAGUAUAUAAACCAUAUCUUAUGUUCUUUAGUCUCAUUGAUUUGGCUUACAAGCAUUUUUUCAAGAAUGUACCAGAAGAUGAUUCGUGGCCCAUAGAUUUAGCAUUGUUUAUUCGAAGAAGCGACGAGCAGUUGAUAAGAUCUUCUGAAGCGUUAUUAACAGCUUAUAACGAAGAAUUUCUGCCUUGUACUUCUUUUGAAGAGUUUUGUGAUGUUGCAGGUCUAUUAGAAGAAAUACCAGAGCCAGCAAAUUAUAUACCGGAUAUUUUGAAUGGUUUACCAUAGAGAAAUAUUACUCAAUUUUCAUAUGUUUAUACAUGUUCUAUAUACUAAGUGUGUUGUAACCAGAUCAUCUGAAUAACCCACAGACCUAUAAUUUCAUCAAAUAUAUGAUUGUUAAAGUGCUUACUUUAAUA